ACACACACACACACACAGAUUUCGAAAAGCUGAAAAUGAGCAGCCGCACGGAGUUGGCGGAGGCAGAGGAAUACACAAUGAAUGGCGGAGAUAGCACAUAUAGCUACCACAAGAACUCUCGCUUUCAGAGAGCGGCGACAGAUGUCGCCAAGGCCACCAUCGAGAAGGCAAUCAUGGAGAAGCUUGACAUCAGGCGAUUCUCUCCCGCUCCAACCACAUUCCAAAUUGCAGAUUUGGGCUGUUCGGUUGGACCAAACACCUUUGUCGCGGUUCAGAACAUCCUAGAAGCCGUUCGACGCAAGUACGUCACGCAAGGCCUCUCCUCUCAAAUGCCCGAUUUCCUAGUGCUGUUCAACGACCAUGCAUCGAACGACUUCAACACCCUCUUCGCUUCCCUGCCGCCUGAUCGGCAGUACUAUGCAGCCGGCGUGCCAGGGUCCUUCCACGGGCGGGUGUUCCCCGAUGCGUCGCUCCAUGUGGCGCAUUCGGCUCAUGCACUUCCCUGGCUUCGCAAGUUGCCUGAGGAAUUGCUUGAUGCGAACUCCCCGGCAUACAACAAGGGGAGAGUCUACUACAUCAGUGCUCCGAGUCAAGUGCUUGACGCCUAUGCAGCUCAGUUCGCAAAGGACACGGCGAUGUUUCUAAGCGCCCGAGGAAAGGAAGUUGUGAGCGGGGGCAUCAUGGUUCUGCUCCUGCCUGGAAGAGCUAACGGGAUUGCCCAUUCAUGUGUACUUUCGGACGUGAUGUUUGAUCUUUUGGGGGCAUGCUUGAUGGACAUGGCAAAGGAGGGUAAAACAAGCGAGGCUCUGGUGGAUUCAUUCAAUGCUCCGGUGUACACUCCCUCUCCCGAGGAGAUGACAGCGAUAACCGAGCGAAAUGGGUGUUUCAGCAUAGAGACAAUGGACUUAACCCCUUUCAAUGCCAAGGUCGACGGCUCUGCCGCAGCCCAUGCCUGCACGAUGCACGUGCGUGCUGGAGUGGAAGGCCUUAUCGGCAAACAUUUCGGAAGUGAGAUUGUCAACGAACUGUUUGAUCGGUUCUUUGAGAAGGCCAAGGAAUCAUCCGACCGUAUAAGUUCGGCCUUCCUUCACGGAUGCCAACUAGUCGUCGUGCUCAAGCGUAAAUAGAGCGGCCGCCGAGAGCGAGUUCAAGGGUACAUGAAGGGUGAUCGUGUUGAUUAAUAAUCUUCAAUUCAGCGUUGAACUUUCUGUCACUAGUCUUCAUUUGGGUUUAAUUUCUUUAAGAGACGCGUGCUGUAAUUAGAGAGCUAUUCCAAGUUUUAAGUGUGUUCUCAAUUGUGAUUUAGUGAGGUAGUAAGUUAGAACCCUAGAAUUAUCUAGGUAAUUCAUAACCUAUGUACUCGAGCAUUUGGUGAGUGUGUUCAAUAAGAGAA